AAAAAAUUCUUUUUCUUCUAAAAUCUUCAGUCAUAAGAGAGAAGUUGUAGAAUCAAGAAGUGAAAUAUGUUUGAUAAAAAGUUGUUGAUUUUAAUUACAAUACUCUUAUCCAUAACAGUUUGCAUUGCUCAGCAGAUUCUCUAUCAAGGUGUGGAAACUGAUAAAACUAAACAGCCAACAAAACACAAUAGACAACCGAUUGAGUCAGACGAAUGUUUAGAAGGAGAAUUCUUAUAUCCAGGUGAUAAUGAAAAAGACUGGGUCUGUGAUUGUAAGCCAGUAUAUGCAUAUCAUCCAGAAUCAAUGAAAUGUUAUCAAGUCUACGAACAAGGUCCUUGCAAAAAUGGUGAGAUUCUGGUUUUACCACCUAAAAAGGCUUCUCCGAAAUGCAUGAGAAACCAAUGUAUUGGAAAGAAAGUUUACUUUAAAGGACGAUGUGUGAAUUUAAAUGAAAACGGAGGUUGUCCAAAACAUUUAAUUGUUCAAGUAGAUUCAUCGACAUUACAAUUAACAUGCACCAUUAAUUUUGGCAAUCGUUUUGGUGAAGAAGAAAUUUCAGCGACUCCUCUCAACUACACUUCAGUUCCCGUUGAUGAGAAAGGAUCGUACUGUUUGUUUGCUGGAAAAAGAUCACAAGAAGACAAAUGUAUAUCUACGAUAGAGUAACUUAAUUUUCUUAAUCAAAGAUUUUUAAAAAUAAAAUAUAAAGUGACUUUAAUUUUAUCAUA